UGGUGGAUUUUAAUGGGAGUGUGUGACGGACAAAUUGGACGAGAUGGUUUCUCAGGGGAUUCAGAUCAUCGGCAUCUCAACGGCUUUGAUCGGCUGGGUCAUGGUGAUUGUGGUGUGCGCCCUGCCCAUGUGGAAAGUCACAGCUUUUGUUGGGGCCAACAUUGUCACCGCUCAGACCAUCUGGGAGGGAAUGUGGAUGAACUGUGUCGUCCAGAGUACGGGCCAAAUGCAGUGCAAAGUCUACGACUCCAUGUUGGCUCUGCCUCGGGACCUGCAAGCCGCUCGCGCCAUGAUCAUCAUCUCCAUCUUGACCGGGAUCUUCGGCGUGGUCUUGUCAAUCGCUGGCGGGAAAUGCACUAACUGCAUCGAGGAGGAGCGAUCCAAGGCUAAGGCGUGCAUCGUGGCUGGGGUUUUCUUCAUCAUCUCAGGGCUCCUCUGUCUCAUUCCGGUCUCCUGGUCUGCCAACACUGUCAUCACUAAUUUCUACAACCCGAUGUUGAUCGAAGCCCAGAGACGGGAGCUUGGGGCAGCUUUGUAUAUUGGCUGGGGAGCAGCUACACUGCUGCUGAUAGGAGGGGGGAUUCUGUGCUGGAACUGCCCUCCAAAACAUGACCACCCCCACUAUGUGCCCAAAUUUACACCUGUAAGGUCAACUUCCACAUCAAGAGAAUACGUCUAAAAUGUUUUGCAUCUCCUAUAUGGACUUUUGAUAUCACAGGACUGGAAACGUCUCCAAUUAGCAGCAAGGAAGCAACACUGAUAUUGAACACUGC